CGGAGAAUUAAAAUCAUAAACAUCUUGUUUUCUACUUGAAAGAACUGAUUAUUACAGUCAGAUCCAAACAAGGGGAUCAGAUUCUUCAGUACCCAGGCAUAUCAUCAUGAACAGUGAUGCUUCUAUGCAUCAUCCAGUACUGCAAGAUGAAGAUCCAUCACCUGGAUGCAGUCUAAUCUCAGUACAGAGAUCAGAGUCUCCAGUUCCCAGCUGUAUCUCCAUAAAGAGUGAUGAGUCUAUACAUCCUCCUUUGAACUUUAAAGAUGAAGAUCCAUCAUUUGGACCCAGUCUAAUCUCAGUACAGAGAUCAGAGUCUCCAGUACCCAGCUGUAUCUCCAUGAAAAGUGAUGAGUCUAUACAUCCUCCUUUAAACUUUAAGGAUGAAGAUCCAUCAUUUGGACCCAGCAUCCUGCCGGGGGCGAUAGCUGAAACACCAAAGAAAAUCACCAAAAAUAUGGGGUCUGACUCCACAUCUGCUGGAAGUGAAGUCCAGAAGAAGCUCAAAUUAAAUCUGAUAAAGAAGUUUCAGUGUGUAAAUGAAGUGAUCACAAACCAGGGAAACCCAACACAUCUGAAUGAGAUCUACACCGAGCUCUAUAUCACAGAGGGAGAAAGUGGAAAAGUCAAUAAUGAACAUGAGGUGAGGCAGAUCGAGGCAGCAUCCAGGGGAGCAGCAACAGAGGACACGCCCAUCAAAUGCAACAACAUCUUUAAACCUUUAUCAGACCAAGAUGAACCCAUCAGGACUGUCCUGACUAAGGGCGUCGCUGGCAUCGGAAAAACCGUCUCUGUACAGAAGUUCAUUCUGGAUUGGGCUGAAGAGAAAGAAAAUCAGGACGUCCACCUCAUAUUUCCACUUCCUUUUAGAGAGCUGAAUUUAAUGAAGGACCACAAACUGAGUCUGAUGGGUCUCCUUCAUUUCUAUUUUCAGGGGAUAAAAGAAACUGACAUUUCCAGCUUGUACAAAGUUCUGUUUAUUUUUGAUGGGUUGGAUGAGUGUCGUCUACCUCUAGAUCUCCAGAACUCAGUGAGAUUGAAUGAUGUAAAUGAAUCAGCAUCAGUUCAUGAGCUGCUGAUGAACCUGAUCAAAGGGAAUCUGCUUCCUUCUGCUCUGAUCUGGAUCACCUCCCGCCCAGCAGCAGCUGAUCAGAUCCCCACUGAGUGUAUCGAUCGAGUGACGGAGGUACGAGGAUUCAGUGAUUUACAGAAGGAGGAGUACUUCAGGAAGAGGGUCAGUGAUCAGAGUCUGGCCAGUAGAAUCAUCUCACACCUGAAGUCAUUAAGAAGCCUCUACAUCAUGUGUCACAUUCCGGUCUUCUGCUGGAUUACAGCCACAGUUCUAGAGAGAAUGUUUGGUGAAGCAGAGAGUGGAGAGAUCCCCAAAACUCUGACUCAAAUGUACACCUACUUCCUCAUCAUUCAGACCAACGUCAUCAAAACAAAGUACAUGAAGAAUCAGGAGGAAGAAGGAGAAAUGAUCCUCAAACUGGGAAAACUGGGUUUUGAGCAGCUGAUGAAAGGAAACCUGAUCUUCUAUGAGGAAGAUCUGAUGGAGUGUGGCAUUGAUGUUCAAGAAGCCUCAGUAUACUCAGGUGUGUGUACACAGAUCUUCAGAGAGGAGUUUGGACUUCACCAGAGUAAAGUGUACUGCUUUGUUCAUCUGAGCAUUCAGGAACAUCUCACAGCUCUAUAUGUGCACCUGACGUUCAUGAACAAAAAUAAAAAUGUUUUUCAGCAGAGUGAGUCCUCAAAGCUGAGAAUCCUAAAAAGAAAACAAAUCUCAGAUCUACACAAGAGUGCUGUAGAUCAGGCAUUACAGAGUAAGAAUGGACAUCUGGAUCUAUUUCUUCGCUUUCUUCUGGGUCUCUCACUGAAGUCCAAUCAGAAUCUCUUACAAGCCUUAGUGACACAAACAGGAAGUGACUCUCACAACAAAAAGGAAACAGUUCAGUACAUUAAGAAGAAGAUCAGUGAGAAUCCCUCAACAGAGAAAUCCAUCAAUCUGUUCCACUGUCUGAAUGAACUGGAUGAUCAUUCACUAGUUCAGGAGAUCCAACAAUACCUGAAAUCUGGAAAACUAAAACAAACCAAACUCUCUGGUUCUCAGUGGUCAGCUUUGGUCUUCAUGUUACUGACAUCAGCAGAGGAGCUGGAUGUGUUUAACUUGAAGGAUUAUACCAACCAAUACAGCUCAUCAGAGGAGGUUCUUCUGAAACUGAUAUCGGUGGUUGCAGCAUCCAGAGAAGCUCGGCUUGCUUGGUGUGAUCUAAAAGAUAAAGGUUGUGAAGCUCUGGCCUCAGUUCUCAGCUCAGAAUCCUCCAGUCUUAAAGAACUUGAUCUGUCUGAUAAUGACAUAGGAGAUUUAGGAGUGAAGCGUCUCUCUGCUGUACUGGAGAAUCCUCACUGUAAACUGGAGAUACUGAGGUUGUGGAAUUGUGGUGUAUCAGAUGAAGGUUGUUCUGCUCUGGCUUCAGCUCUGAAAUCAAACCCCUCACACCUGAGAGAACUCGAUCUGACUCAUAAUAAACUAGGAGAUUCAGGAGUGAAGCGUCUCUCUGCUGGACUGGAGAAUCCUCACUGUAAACUGGAGAUACUGAGGUUGAAUGAUUGUGGUGUAUCAAAUGAAGGUUGUUCUGCUCUGGCUUCAGCUCUGAGAUUAAACCCCUCACACCUGAGAGAACUCGAACUGUUUGGAAACAGUCUAACAGAUUCAGGAAUGAAGCUUCUCUCUGAUCUAAAGGAUGAUAAACAUUUCAGACUGGAGGUUCUGAGGUUUUGGUGAUAAACUCAGAUAAAGACGGAGAUUAAAAGCAGAGAUUAUUUCUGAACACAGAAGUAAUUUACAGAUGUGAUUAAAACAUCUGUACAGGAUGUGAAUGAGAAAAUGAAACUGUGCAGGAUUCAGACAUCAUGACACGAGUAAGAAACUGUAGAAAAGGUUUUAAUCACAAGAAGAAAGUGUUUAUGAUGCUGAAUAGAUUGUUAUUAUGAUCAGACUCUGGAGACACGGCGCUCGUCCUGUACAUUCAACAUCUAAUUCACUCAGAUCAGUCACAGAUUCAUCUGAUAUUA